AUGACUGAAGAGAAACAAACUAAGCGCUUCGAACCUAAGGUGCCUGUCCAGCUCGACCCGCCAAAGGACGACCCUAUUUCCCAAGAGGAAUUGGCCAAAUGCGACGGUUCCGAUCCUAGCCGCCCGACGCUGGUUGCUAUCAAGGGUGUUGUGUUCGACGUGACCCGAAACUCGGCUUAUGGACAGUCUGGUCAAUAUCGCGUCUUCGCAGGCAAGGACCCCUCCCGCGCGCUCGCUUGCUCCUCUCUCAAGCCCGAAGACUGCGUCCCCGAAUGGUACGAUUUGGCAGACAAGGAGAAGACCACGCUGAACGAGUGGUUCACCUUCUUCAGCAAGCGGUAUAACAUCGUCGGCAAGGUCGAGGGCGCAAAGAACAACUGA